AUGCCUAAGUAUCUUAUUUAUUUCGCUCAGGCGUAUCCUAAUUUUAGAAGAGCCGAACUUGAGUCUUUGGCAGACUUGUACGGUAUUGAGAUUGACCUCUCUCACCAUGAUGAGUCAAAUCCAUUUAUCGUAGUAGACUUGGAAAGCGAUGAUGCUGCGAAAAAAAUUAUGAGUAGAAGUAUCUUGGGAAGGGGAAUAUAUGAACUUUGGGGAUCAGGAAAGGAUUUGGACGAAUUGCAUAAGAACAUAAAAGAGAGCGUAGAUAUUGAAACUAAGAUAAAGUUAUAUAAAAAUGGUUCAUUCAAGUUCGAUUUCGUUGGCUACAAGGGUAAGAGAGAUGUGAAAGUAAGAAGAGAAAUGAUUGAAUCGUUUCUGUACUUGGCAUUUGAGGGCCCCAUUAGAAUGAAAAACCCAGAUGAGGUUUUUGUAGUUGUAGAAGAAUAUGUAGUACCUGGUCACGGAAAGAUUGCAGAAACUCCAAUAAACAUGUGGUUUGGAAGACAGAUACAGCUUUCCUCUAGAACUGAAAACAUAUUGGACAAGUAUGACUUGAAAAGGAGAAAGUAUAUAGGUACUACAUCUUUUGAUGCCGAAUUAUCGUUGGUUAGCUGUAACAUAGGUCAAGUUGCACCUGGAAAGGUGGUUUAUGAUCCUUUUACAGGAACAGGGUCUUUCCUCGUGGCGGCUGCAAAUUUUGGUGGUCUACCAAUUGGGUCUGAUAUUGAUCCAAGAAUUUUAAGAGGAAAGUCUUCCCAAUGUAAUAUCCCCACUAAUUUUAAGCAAUACAAGACCGAUUCUUUAUUCCUUGAUAUCUUAACAAUGGAUUUUACCAAUAAUGCAUUCAGGUCAAAUUUUGUGAUCGAUUCUAUUGUCUGUGAUCCACCAUACGGAGUGAGAGAAGGUUUGAAAGUAUGUGGAGCAAAAGACCCUGCCAAAGCUGUAGGUCGUGAAAAUGUUGUGAUAGAUGGUGAGAAGGCACAUUUGCGUAAAGACUUUAUCCAGCCUAAAAAGCCAUACGAACUUUCGAAUUUGUUAGAUGAUCUUUUACAGUUUAGCUCAGAGAGGCUCCCAAUUGGUGGUAGAUUAGCCUUUUGGAUGCCCACUGCAAAUGAUGAUUUCGAGGAGAAUUUUAUACCACAGCAUGAAUCUUUAGAGUUGGUGUAUAAUCUUGAACAGGAAUUUCACAAAUGGUCAAGAAGAUUGUUAGUCUAUGUUAAGCGUGAUGCUACUGAAUAUAAGGGAGAAACCUCAAAUGGGUUGAAGCUGAACCAUAUUAAACAUUUCAGAGAUAGGUAUUUCAAAGGGUUUAGCGAGAAAUCAAGAUAA